AGGAACUCAUGGAGGCCUACCCAAACGCUAAAGUUCUUCUGACGGUGCGCGAUCCGGAGAAGUGGUAUGACAGUGCUAUCGAGACAAUUUGGUCAUGGCGCUGCACAGAGCAGCACUGGGCUGCGAGGGUUUUCGAAAAUGGCCGCAAAUUCCAGGCACAAGCUCAAGCAUUCCACAAGGCCACCAUGUUGCCUGGCGUGAAGCGCUCCGACCGUGAAGGGUCAAUCAAGUCUUUCAAUGCCUGGAUUGAAAGGGUGAAAUCGACUGUGCCUCCAGAGAAGCUCCUCAUUUACGAUGUGAAGGAAGGAUGGGAGCCCCUUUGCAAAUUCUUGAACAAACCCAUUCCGGAUGAGGAGUUCCCAUACAUCAACGACAAGGAACAAAUGAAGAACGAACUAAAUAAGAUUCUGCUGAUUUGUUACAUUGCUCAGUUCCUCCGCUUGGUUGCUGUCCUGGGUGGGGUGUGGCUAUUGGUAUGGCUGCUGAGGAUGCUCGUGUGAGAGCCUGCUCUCCCUGUCCAUUGAACACGUUAGCGCUCAAAGUUAUUACUUGACGGGAUGACAAUCUGCUUGAGCGCGGCUCAUGCCCUAUUAAAUCAUGGGCACACCACAUUCAUGAAAAUCAACAUGAGUAUUCCUAACGCACUGCGUUGGAGUGGAACGAGCCCAAAGAAGGCGGCAGCACUUUCAAUGCGAUCUCUACACGAUUUAAGUGCUUGGACAAAGAUUGCUUUGGAAACAAAAGUGGAUCAUACUAUGAUCAUACCGCCACUUUUCAGGUCCUUCUCGUCAGCAUGGAUGUCAAGUCGCCAGCUGAUGUCGUGAAAUGAUGUGAAAUCAAAGUUCAGGAUUUAUUCGGACAAGUC